AUGGAAGUCUCGAAAGACGUGCGAUCAGAAUUUACUGACCUGAUACGGGUGCGUAACCCCAAGGCUGUUCUCAUCAGUGCCCGAAAAGCAGCUAUGAUUGGGAGUUUUGCAUGGCCCAGGAUGGACGGUGUCUUGAUUAAGGUCGAGAUGGUGGCUGGAAAUUCUGUCAUUACCGCCAUCGUUGAUACGGGUUCGCAAUUGAAUGUUGCCCGGGGCGAGAUUGCACGGAGGAAGAUUCCACAAGUGGUUGAUACCACCUGCAUCAUUAACAUGAAUGACGCUAAUGGCGGUUCGGGUCAGCUGCGAGGGAUGAUACGGAACGCUGAACUUGCCUGCGGAGGUUUGAAGACCAAGGCAGAUUUGUGGGUCUCGGAACAAGCCCCAUUUGACUUGCUGCUCGGACGUCCCUGGCAGCGACAGAACAAGGUGAGUAUUGACGAGCGAAGGGAAGGGACCUACCUGGUCUUCAAGGACCCCAUUACGGACCACCCACGAUUUGAGCUGUUGGCGGCAGUAGCGGAAGAUGAUACUGAUGGGCCCGCCAUACACUAUCAGUCGUUGGCGUGGCUCCGCGCAAGCGAGUUGGCGCCGCCAGAGAGUUCGGCUGAGGAAUAUGUUGAAGGAGAUGGUGGCGUUGUAGACGAAGGGCAACGGGUGGGAGUCGCCGUUUUGCGAUUUGUCCGCUUGGUCAUCAGCGCAACAACGGAUUAA